GUCGGCCUCGUGACAAAAAUGUCUAGCAGACGGCAACUGAUGGAGAUUGGUCCAAGACUUGAAGCAUUUCGAGAAGUUUCAUUACGCAAAUAACUAAAUAAGGCGGUUAAAUUACAUGGUAAUCAUGUUAAUAUUUGUCAAACAAGGCUGUGAUGACGUAACGAAUACGGCGCAGUUAAGAUGGCAUAGGUUUAAGCAACGACAUCGAUUUUUUUCACCAAGAUAUACCGUUAUAACGUAACGAGUAUACCUUUCGGAUGGCUUCUACUGGAUUAGCGUCACUUAAUGGCUGCCGGAAGGAGGUGGAUUUAACGUCAAACGGGUGUCAAGAUGACGCAAUGCUGGCUCGUUUUGUUUGUUUCUCCAACGCUGCCAGGUGUCGUCAUCUGUCAACUUAUUUACACUAGUGAAAUGGCACAAUCAGAGAGAAUCACGCGGCCUGGAGCCACGAAGAAAAGCCUUCGAUGGCCAUCGCUUCCAGAUGAACUUCUCCUUUCCAAAAGUCCAAAGUGGCUUCGGUCUUUCUCGUUUCAUCAUGGCCACCCGCAUAAUUCAUCUGCAAGUCUCGUUCUUCCCAAAUUGCCAUGUAGCGAUCAUAAUUUGCAUCCGCAGGAAGAGUCAACCGAUGAAGUCUACAAUCGAGUUGUUUUGCCUCCACUGACAUUGGGCUCGUCUUCUUCCAACGCAGCUGGAUCGGACAAGGCCGUUGGAUCGUCGUGGCUUUUGCCAACCUUUCCGGCUUUCCAUCGCAAAGAAGUCUACCAUCGUCAAGCUGCCGCUAGGGAGCAUCAACGGCGCCAACUGUCGGCCAAAGUUGGCCGUCUUCCUCCCAUCUGCACGAGCAGUACGUCUCCUCCGCUCGUCGCCCAGUCUUCAUCCGCUCCUCCGCCAAGAUCACCCCGAGGUGUGGAAGGUACGAGCGUGACGUUGGUGUCGAGUCGGAGCAGCCGUGCUGGAACGCGAAUAGAAGGAGACGAAGAAGAAGAGGUCAAGAUGGCAAGUACUGCCGAUGUUGUCGGGCAUCGUAAUGAGCCUCAUGUCCAUUUAUGGUCGCAAGGAAGGGAUGAAGAAGAGGAGGACUAUGAUGAAAGAAGAGAAAGAGAGGAAUUGAUGGCGCUGUUGAGGCCCGUACAAGUAUCCAUAUCGGGUCAUCACGCACCAUCGCCGCUAGUGCGACCACGGCCAGAACAAAAACCAACAGUCGAUGAAAGUAAGCGAACGAAGACGACCGGAUCACGUGACCAUCAGACUUCCACUCCUGUUAACACAACAACAGACUUCCAGUGGACCAUUGAAUGGACGCCGAGUGUAGACGUCUUCCGACACCAUUCCUCGACGUCAUCUUCGGAUGCUGAAGAAUUGAUUGGAGAAGACGAAAUGGCCGCUCCGUGGCCAGUUGAGCAGCAUUGGCGUAGCUCACAAAGUGCCAAUAGAGUCCGCCAUUCGCCACCGACGUCAAUCGAACGGGCACAUAAGAUUAGCGAGCCAUCCGUGAACUAUUCCGCACCAGCUUCGACAUCGCCGCCAGUUCCGGCGUUGAGAGCCAAAACAGCCCACCCUUCCAUGUCGAUCGAACAUCAGCUGAUCUCUGGCCGUCGACACUACGACAGCCAAGAUUCCGGCGAGAUUAUCGAAGAGAUCGAACACAUUUUCGAUGAGAUGAUCGAUAUUGAAUCAUUGGAUGAUGAAUCCGUAACACCCGAAAGCAGAUUGAAAGAAGAUGACGAUGAAGAUUUUCCUGAAAAAGAGCCGCCCGUAUUUGGUGUGCAACUGGAACAGUUGAAAAAAAUGUUGCAUCACAAUGCCCCUGGCAUCAACAACAAUGACAUCAUUGAAGACAUUGCGGAUGAAGAUUCCGGUCAAGAAGCAACGUCAUCGUCUCCGACAUUCCGCCAAGAUCCGUCAGUUGCUGAGCACCUGUUGGCUGUACCGCAAGAAGAUUGUUUGCCUAAUGUCGUCCAGCAUUAUCAUCCGGAUGACCGGCCAAUUAGUAGGAGUCCCCGUGUGGUCCACAGUCCCGUGCUGGGUGAAUCUGCGAGAAGACCUUGCGUCUUUGAAGACGAAGAAUAUCCUCCGGAAAAUGAUGAAUAUAGCGAAGAGACGUGCCAAUCACCUGGAAGAUUGGCAGCUCAUCCUCGAGUCAAUAAGAGUCGAUCACUUGGUUCGUUCGCCAGUCGCCAUAGUCCAUCACCUGAUGAGAAUGGCCGCCGACAGAGGUCUCUGCCUAUCCGACGUCUAGACGGAUCCAGUGAUAAAGCAGAGAAAGCUGGCGGCCAUGUCGUUCAACCAAUUAAAAAGAUUGCAGUCAUGCCUUCGAGCAUUCUCAACCGUCAAAUGAAAGCUGGCCAAUCACCAGCGCCGACUAAUAAAGCCAACCGGCCCGAGAGUCCUCAAGAUCCUAGAACAAUCCUUCAUAUGUCGCUGAAGAACAUCCACUCUUCGGAAUGGGAAGUCAAAGUGGAAGGCAUUCGUCGCUUAGAAGAGCUCAUUACGUCGCAUAGCGAUAUAGUCACGCCUGAAGUUCAUAUUAUUGUUCUGGCAUUGCUCGAGGAGGUAAAGAAUUUACGUUCACAAGUUUCGCGUGUGGCCAUCCACUGCGUAGGGAAAAUGUUCCAGCAUUGCGGCAAACAAAUGGAACAGGAUUUAGAUCGAACGGUGCCGCUGCUGUUGAACAAAAUAGGUGACACGAACCGGUUUAUCCGCGAAGACGCCCAUUCGGCCUUGAUGAACGUAACCGAAUUCGUUUCACCGCCUAAAGCCAUCGUCGUGAUCGUCACCGAAAGCCUAACACAUAAGAACGCGAUCGUGAGAGCGGAAGCGGCUAAAUUGCUGGCAGCCAUCGUUGUCAAAUUAGGUCCAGCCAAGACCCUGAGCGGAGCUAAAGACGUCACAGAAAGGAUCCUACCGGCUGCCGCCCAUUUCAUCCAGGAUGGAAAUCUUGAAGCCAGGGCCCAGGCGAAGAAGAUUUUUAGUAUUUUGAUCGAAGAUCCGGUGUUUGACAAGGCCAUGUUAAAGUAUCUGUCACCGUCCAUCAUCCGUAAUAUCCAGCGGACACUGGAUACGCUCCGGAAAACGACGACAACUAAUCAUCGUUGAAAAAUACAUAAUUGGCAAACUUUUUUUUUUUUUUCAAACAAUAUUUAUUCUAUUAUGAUUGAUUUAGUGACAGAAAUUUUUGAUGUUCAAAUUUGUUACGAUUUGUUUUUGUAUGUUGUGUUUUGUUUUGUUUUUUAAAUAUGGUGAGGCAGGGUUUCUUUAAAAGAUGUGAUCUGUUUCUUUUUAGGAGGAAAAAAUAAUUACGUCCUAUUUAACGAUGAUUUUUUAAAAUGUAAUCGUUAAAUAGUGGGAAUUAUUUUGAGGGAAGAAGUUUAAUUAUCGGGUUUCGUUGGAGUAAUUUUGUAAUUGGUUUUUAUUGUUAGUUACUUGUACAUUUCCCUUACCUUCUUUUUCCGAUAUAACGUGAUGGGCUAUAUCGUAGUUAAAUUAUAUUUAAAAAUUAGUUCUAAUUGGGGAUUAGCAAUGCGAUGCAACCUGUUAAAGCGUCCACAAAAGCCAUGCAACCACAAUAACAUAAUUGACAGUUUAAAAAAUAAACGCGUUGGAUAAAAAGUCA